AUGAUAAAAUUAUUGAAGUAAUUUUAAUUAAUAAGGAGAACUUAAAAAAUAAAUUUAAUAACUUGUUUUCCUUUUACAAGUAGCUAUAAAUAGGAAGCAAAUGUUGUUUUAUGUGAGGCUUUAAAUGCAUUAUAUGAAGAGAAUUCUAGAAAUAAUAAAUUAGAUAUAUUAUCCUUAUAUUAUUCUAAAAUUUGGGAGGGUAGAUUAGGAUUAGUUGAAAAUAAGAUUUUGUUUUGUUAAUUUUUAGAAAAUUCAAAUUAAAUAUUGCGUAAAGAAUUUGCAAUAGAUAAAAUUGAAAAGGAUGACAAUAUUAGAAUUAAUAAAACAUAAUAAAUAUUUCAUGUUUUUAAUACUAUUACUGAACUAUAAAUAAUUAGAUGGGAAGGAAUUUAAGAUUUAUUUUAAUGGAUAAGAAAUGAAAGUACAUACUAAUUAUUUGAGAGAACAAAUAAAUUGCAUAUUUAUCUAAAAUUCAUAAAUUUAUUAUAUGUUAAUUAAUAUGACAUAUUAGAAUUUCAUAAUAAGAUAGAAAAUACUAUAUUUAAAUUUAAAAAAGUUACUCCAGAAUUUGCAGAUGAAAGAUUAGAAUAUUAUAAAGCAAUAAAUAUGCUUAGAUAAUUUGAUAGGAUUGAGAAAGCUCAUUUGAAAAUGACUAUAUUAGAAUUAAGUAAAUUAGAGAACAGAUAAAUAGGAUAUUCACUUGAAUAAUUAGAUAUAUUAACAUAAUAUAUCAAUUUAGUAUGUGAAGUAUUUUUUGCAAAUCUUUUAUAAAAAAGAGAUAUUUUUAAUGUUAUUUAAGAAGAUUAAGAGGAAGAAGAAGAAGAAGAAGAAAAUUAGGAUUUAGAUGAUUAUACUUUACUUGACCCAUUAAAUAGAUUGAUAAGACUAUUUUUAUAAUAAGAUGCUUUCUAUUAUAAAAGAUCAAUAUCAAGUUAUAGAGAUAAAUUAGUUUAGAAAGAAGGAUAUUUAGAUUUAGUAGAUCCAGUUAAAUGGAGAUAACUUAUGUCUGUAUCUAAAGGUUUAUGGGUAUUGACUGAUGAUAAUAAACAUGAUAGAUCUUGUAUUGAUCUUUUUGAAAAUGCUAUAUUUAGAAAAUUAGAAACAGAUACUGCAUCUAUUACUGAUGGAAUAUAAAUUAUCAAUUAUAUUUAAGAUAUUUAAGAAAUGAAAGUUGGCCAUUAAUUUUUAGUAAAUGAUCAAAUUAUUAUAGAUUAUGAAAUCAAUAUGUGAUUAAAUAAAUAAUUAAGAAUUGUAGGAUUUAUCAAUUACUAGAUAGAAUCUAACCAAUUUAUUACAUUAAAUGUUGACUCUAGAAAGAAAAGCUGAAGAAUUUGAAUUGGCUUUUAUUUAACCAGCAUUACAUAAAUUAGAAACCUGGAUUAAAUAAUCUAAAUUUGAUUCAGAAUUUAAAAUGUGUGAUUGGUAUGAUCUAAAUUUAGUAAUUAAAAAACAUUAAUACACUGAAUUAGAAGAAUAUGUGAAUAAAAAAUUAGAGUAAUCAUGA